GUUUACGUGCUGAAACAGGCGGCCAUUUUAUCGAAGACAUUUGCAAUUUUAUUUUCACCAAAAUUAAGCACUUAAAUUAGUAAAAUAAGGAAUAUACGCCUGAAUGAUGUUAUUAUAGCAAAUGGAAGUGGGUGUGUUCAGCUGGAAAAUGUCCAGACUGUAUUCUUAACAUGUAUGAAGGCAAGAAUAUCCACUAUUCUCCGUUCGAUAGCAAACCGCUAUGCUCAUUUAGUGCAAAGAUAUGUAAACAACGGAGGUUGAAUGGAUAUGCAUUCUGCGUGCGCCACAUUUUGGAGGACCCGACGGCGCCUUGGAAGCAAUGCUGCCAUUGUACACACAGCAAACAGAAGUGUACCAAUGCUAUACCAAAAGAUGAGGAACGCAUAUACUGCAACAACCACAGGCAAAUGCUGGGGAUGAUCCCGAAGAGGGAACGACGGCCGAAACGAGAUCGGGACAAAGAACAUGACCAUGCCAGUAUUGCGGAUGGAAACAAGGGAAUGUCCUUACACGACAGACUCAAAACAAAAUUCAACAUCACGCAGCGUGACGAACGCGCCAACACCAACUCCUCGACUAUAUCGGAUGAUCCUUACGCCUUCCCUGACGAACCUGCCCCACCUCCUACUAAAGUCAUCAUCAGCACACCCACGCCGCCCAUCAUUACCGAAAUGAUGGCACCAUCACCAGUGGCUGUGAGGAGUCCUGCUGCAAUCGGGAAUAAAAGUCCAGUAUCGGCGCGAAGUCCUGGUGGAAUUAACCGACAAACUAGUCUGCCAGGGGGCAAAAGCCCUAGUGGAAUUAACCGGCAGAAUAAUCUGCCUGGAGGCAAAAGUCCUGGUGGAAUUAACCGACAAAAUAGUCUGCCAGGGGGCAAAAGCCCCAGUGGAUUUAACCGGCAAACAAGUGUGCCAGGGGCCAAAAGUCCUGUUGGAAUGACUUGGCACACUGUUAGUGUACCAGUGAGCAAAAGUCCUCUUGAAAGUACUUGGCAGAUUAGUGUGCCCGGGAGUAGAAGUCCUAGUGGGACAAACAAGCAGAAUAGUGUGCCUGGUGGCAAAGGUCCAGGUGCGAUUCGCUGCCAACAGACUAGCGUGCCUGGCGGCAAAAGUCCUGUACCGGGGCGACCACCAGAACAUGUUAGCGCUGCAAAAUUAUACCCAGAAUUGGCUGAAAAACUUCAUGUGGAGAGAUCGAAAUCUCGUUUGGAAUCUAAAUCAAAAUUCGGACCGAGGAGUUCGCGGACUGUGAAUCAGUUGGAAACGAAAAUCGCACAAAACAAAAUGAAGAAGAAGAAGAACCAGGAAGGUGGCCAUCAUGGCGACAUGGAGAAUCAUAGCGCGUCUUCGUCGCCGAAGAUUCAACCGUCGAUGUUCUCACCUCAGCCUCGCAUUAAUUCGUUACAGUUUCCAUUGGAUUCAAAUGCUCAUUCGUCAGUUUUCAAUCAAAUGCGACAACUGUCUUCCUCGGCGGGAUUCUUGUCGCAUCCGCCCUCGUAUUCAUCUGCGACGACAAACUCCUCCCACAUGCCAGUAUCCAGGGUGCCGCUUCACCCUCAUCCCUACCUCCAUACGUAUCCGACAGCGCCCCGCGCCCCAGCCAUAAAAAAGGAACCGAAGCCAGACGGCGUCACAGACUUUCAACUGCCAGCAUAUAGUCAGUUAGACCCUAAACAGAACUUUACAAAAGUGCACUUACGGAAACCUCGGAAGGUGUUGCCAGAGAAAAAGGCCCGUGUGAAGUUGAAGCGUGAUUCUCCGGUAGAGGUGUAUGGAUAUUAUGCCAAGAGACAGCUCUAUAAUUCCGAUUUAGUCCCUAAUGGUUUAGAUAGUUCGGACAGUGAUGAUGACAGUGAUAUAGAUGCGCUACCAUGGCAACGAGUUUGGUUCACCCCUUCAUCAGAUGAGGAGAUGGACUCAGAUGAUAGCCAUGAAAACAGCUUACCAAUAAAAAGAACAACACGCCUUGCGUUGAUGCGUGCCAGGCUCCGGCGACGGCUAGUUCAACUCCGGCGGAAUCUUAACACGAAUGCCUCAUUACAACACUAUCACAGAAAGAUCUCGGAGACGCUACUCGACGCCGUGAGGGAAAGUCCAAGUUCAGCCGUCGCUGCGCUAUUAGCGAUGAAGGAGAGAGAGGAAACAGUACCCCCUGAAAGGGUAAAGCGUAAGGUAACUGACAAAAGAGGCUGCCUCCACAAGACAGAUGAUGGUAAAACGUGUCCACGACCUGCCCUGCCAUUUGCCAACCAAUGCCGGAAACAUAUCAUGUAUAAUGUCGACCAACAGAUGUUCGACUACUGCACCGCCAGGUGUCCUGAAACUAAUGCUCAGUGUUGCGAUCCCGUCUUCGAUAUCCGACAUGAUUUCCCGCUGUGUGCCGACCAUGCCGCCAAAGCUGAUUAUGAAGCUUCUCAGGAGUCGUACAUGAAAUUGAAAAAGCCGCGUAAAAAGACGAAACCAUCAGCUCUUACACGUCCACCAAAACGAGGCAAGAAGAAGAAGAAUCAGAAGAAACUCCGUCCACAAAAACCUAUGCCUCCAUUUGGACUGAUGGGAGAUGUUGACAUGCCAACGAGUGAAGGCGAACAGGACGUCGACAUAGAAUCCAGCGAGAAUAUGACCGAAGACAUGGGCGUGGAUAGUCCCGAGAUCCCCUCGCCGCCAUCACUGCUGCCGACGAGUCAAGCGACGACCAUGUCCUCAUCCACGUCGCGUCCUAUCAAUCCUGCUGUGGAGAAGAUCGCCAGGGAUCUGGCGAAAUUAGAUCACCUGGCUCUGACAAAUGACCUGCCACCGAGUAUGUUGGACAUACCAUAUACCAGUAAAAUGACAGAAAGGUUGGAUCUUGAACAAGCAACCAAACUUUUGGAAGACCAUGAUAUAAAUGAGGUGCUUAAUAAACUACCUGAUGAAGCAUUUGAUAUUUUUACGGGUAAAAAUGGAGAAUACAAUAUCCCCACUCACGAGGAGACGGAGGAAUUGGAACGUGCUUUGGCGGCAGUGUCCGAAACUGUGAACCGGACAAAGGAAUCGCUCGGAAAAAUGGGUCUCAUCGAGGAACAAAGUGACGAUGAUGAACUCGCCAAACAUAUCGCAGAUACAAUUCUCAACCAGCAUCUGCACCAGGAUCACUUAGGGACGUUCGGCGACGAUAAUCUUCACGAUCUAGCCAAUAGCAUUUCGGAAAACGACUUGAAGACAAUGUCGCAGGUUUUGACGAGCUCUGCGCUCAGUUCUGCGCUCAAUGUCGGCGUGGAGGAAAAGAUGCACUCAGUGUCGCCACCGUCUACAAUGAGUGCUGUGACGCAACAAUCAGUGGCACUAGCGCUGGAUCAUACACAGAUUCAAGGCCUAAUCCAAAGUCAGAUUCACACUACUCAGGGUCAAGUCCAAGGACAGUUUGCACAAGGCCAGGUGGUGCAGAUACCCGGCCAGCUAAAUACCGCAUAUGGGAUUAUUAUGAAUGGUUCGUAUGGUGCAGCGACGGUGCAGAAUUAUCCGGCGUUAAUACAAGCUUCAUAUCAAGUGCCAACCAGUGCACCACCUAGUGGCCUACCGAGGACUUACACGCCAAAUGUUACGUUAGCUCCGACGAAUUUGAUGCAUAACUCGUUACCUUUGACACUUAAUCCGGACGUUUUGACGUCUCAAAUGCACGCCACAGUGGAGCGGUUAGCCUCGCCGAUGCACAUGCACAGUUCCCCCGUCACGACUCCCUCACCUCUUCAUUCCCCCAUACCAAAUCCCCGCAAUCCAUGGACUACGGUCGACCGGCUGCCGGCGACCACUUUUCAAAAUGGCUACCCUGUUCAAUUCACGCACGCCUCAACCAUUGCAAACGGUGGACCAAAACUGACCCUGAACUUGCCACAGGUGGUCCAGCAUGGAGAUAUCGUACGAACAACUAGUGUAACCUCACAGCGUCCGCCAUUCGAUUCAAGGACUACUGACGCCAUCUUUCAGGUUGCCGUGACGUUACCGAUGACGCAACCAUAUGCUGUAAAUAGUACCACAGCACAGGUGCCGCCAAGCUCUUAGCAAAUUGCCGUUGUGCUUUCGUGGAUUUUUUAUCGGUAUUUUUUCUAGUUGCCUAUUUCUUCCUGACCUAAAAUAGGUGUGCAAAAAAGGUCUGGCAGCAGUGGUGCGAAAUAUCACUACUAAAGCUGUUCGAAACACCUACCAAAUUUGCUCCAGGCCAGGCAGUUUGAUUUCUCAUAUUUCUCUACGCUAAAGUAUUCUGUAAACACUUGGAACAAAAUAUGUUCUUCAAUUACUGUCAAAAUGUACCGGAGAGUUCCUUAAUACUGUUGUAAGAUUCAAUUAUUUUGUAAAACACUCAACUUUGAAACUGUUCUGGAAUAAUUUAGGGCCCUGUGUGUCUAGGUGGCAGGCUUUAUGUCAGUUGGUACUAAGACUGCCCGAAUGCCAUUCACAGUACCAUCAAUUGUAGGUCAGGGAACAAGGUGCAACUAGGUGAUUGGGAUGCAGCAGAAGUGACAAGACAUGAUCGUGUAAGCUGGAUAGUUCUAGUUAUCGAAUAUCAAUACACCCCCGUUGACCUCUUUUCUCAGGUAUGCUUGGUUUUCUUUGUUUUAUGUAUCGGGCAAUCCGUGUCCAGUCUGCCAUUCCAAACGUUGUUGUAUUUUGAAUAGAUGUGGUAUUUAUGGUUAUUGCAGUUGUCAUAUUGGGCGAUGUGUUCCCAUCAUGUUUAACCAACCAUGGCUUCUGCUAGCAUAUAACAAGGCAAAAUGAAUGAAAGUGACCAAACUUCACUAAGUUAUGGUGUCAGAUGCUGUAGAAAAAUGACGUCAUGCCACAAUUUUGGUAGAACGACGUCAUUUUCAACAAUGCCUGAUACCAUUAUUUGAUAGACCGCUGCACUACUUAGUGUGCUGAUUUCGAAAAGAGGCGAAUUAAACUUGUUUAAAUGAAAUUUGGUGUUGUUUUUGAAACGCAGAAAUUUAUUUAUUUCUUAUCUUUACCGUUGAUUUGAUGUAUUCUGUACUUAAAAUUCAAAUAUCGAUUACUGCAGCUAAAGUCGUUUCAAAUUGUGCAUGGAGAUUGUUAUAAUGCGAUGUCUCAGGCGGCUUAGUAUUAUGUUGAAAUGCCAAUUGUUUUGUUCAAAACCACUUCUUCAGCCCUAGUAUUUCUUCAGGAAGAUGAGUGUUUUCUCAUUUGAAUCAUGGUAUAAGACAAGUUAAGAAGGGGAUGGUCGAUUACUCAAUAAUGGUCUGGAAGUAUUUUGCCAAAAAUCUUGUUAGUUUGGUUUUUUUAAAGUCAUUAUGUUUAUUUGAAAUUGUUGACCUGGCCUCGGUUUCAAUGUUACUCGUGUUUAGAAGAAAUGGGGUUCUGUUUGCUUGUAAACAAACCAAAACAGCUGUCAGUUUUCUGGAAAUUUUUGAUUGUGUUGAUUUAGAUUACAAACGUGUUCAAUAGCGUGACAGCUCAUCGAAAUUGGGAUGUGUCGUCCUCAUAUUUCCGUUUUUUUUGUAAAAAUUUCCGUUUAUUUGUGCAAUGGACUCCCACUUUGCAUGAUCAUGUCAAAUUUCCUUCUCGGUGUGGAGAAAUUUUCAAAUUUUGUUCAUUUUAAUCUGAAACCAACAAAUUUAAAGCGCUUUGUUUUAUUCUCGAAUUUGUCCACCUUUGUGGAUGAGGCUCAAUUUUAAAGACAAAUGUAACAAAAUUAUUUGUGAUUUGCCUUUGUUUAUAAAAAAAUUGCAACUGUGGUGUAUUCUAUAUUUCUAGAUGGUACAUGUGUAUAUCCUUGUACCAACAUUUGAAUUCAAAAUGUAAGCAUCGGAUGGAUAAAGCAUGUCCGAAAAUAUGAAUAGUGCUUUUGCUUUUUCAUUGGGAUGAUGCAUUAAUGAUAAAAAUUAAAAACUUUGGUUUUGGAAAUAAUUUGCUUGCUAACACAUGUGAGAUACAUUGAGAGGAAAAUAUGAUUUUUGGCGAUAUUUGAGUAAAAGGUGCAGACUUUGAAAAUUUCCCAAGCCUGGUCGACUGUUGAUUUUGAAGGAUGAGAACAGUUGAAAGUGUACAUGUACAUAAAUUCUUUUCACCUAUGUGUUCAUGACUUCGAGCAUAUCGAUUGCGUGUUGCAAUGAAGAUGUUGCAAGGAAUUCCUUUGUUUCUGUUACUCUUGUCAGAAUUCUGAGUGUUCUUUUAAAAUGCAGAUUCUAUUUCAUUGCCAAGGUAGAUGUAAUCAUGUCGUGUAGACGUAGAUAAAUUUGUAGAAAAUCUGUCUAUUGGGUAAAAGGGAGGGUCAGGGGGCAUGGCUCAAUAUUCUUUUUUGCCCCCUGUUUUGUAAAUCUUGCUGGCAAGAGUAACAGGAUUGUAAUUCUUUUGUUGUUAAAGCUAAAAUUUCCUAAGGCCAUACGAAUUUGAUUAUUGGUUCAAUAGAUUCUCUGGACACACCAGGAGGAGCCUGUAGGUCCAAAAAAAUAAAAGUAAAGGCUGAUUUAGAAAAAGUUUGAAAAUAUUACCAGGUCUUUUAGGUGAACCUGGUCCCAAAUUAAAGUCGCAUUCGAAAAAAAGGCUGCACAACGGCUGGUGAAAAAUUGGUAUGGCCUUAUCUGAAGAAAGGGUUGAGCAGAUGUUGCAUCUUUGUAGCAUUAUUUCUUUAAGAGGAAAGUUGGAAUAUCGAAUAUCUGAACGAAAUGUUUUCUGGAUAUUACAUAAAAAUAGCAAUUUUCUUCAAAGUAAUGGUUGGAUGGAAAAAUUUACAUUAUGAAAUGUUCUCAAGAUAGACGUGUGGUGUAUCUGGCCACAAAUGUGGUUAAAACCUGUACAAAGUGGAAAAAUUAUGUAAAGUAUUUAUUAAGUGAAACGUGUAAAAUAAUGAUGUGUACUUUAAGUCUCUGUGGUAUCUGUAUUGAGGGCGAGUGUGUGAGUAGUUCAGCUUGUUGAUGAUAGAUGGCAGAAGCUCUGUGGUAAGAGAGGUUGGGCACGGCGAUGAGGCCUAUUCCCACAACAAGUUCUUGUCUGUUGGUAAAGCCGUUUGAUAUUGAUAGCAGAUUAUUGGCAAACACUGCUUCUUGUCGCAGGCAGCUGCGAUGAACACUGCUAUAAUGAGCGGUUUUUUGUCGCAUGCAGACAUGAUCAUGGAUCGCAGCGAUUUAAACUCGCUGGUUUGGGCGGCGCUUGAGAAACACGAAAGGGAAAUCACGUGGGAGUUGGAGCCUUGAGUUGUGUACAACGUGUCUGUGCCGGUGAACUCUUCAAGCCCCAACAGCAAUGCCUGUUGCUGCGGGAUGUGGUACUGAAAAUGCUAUAUCGUGGGUGUAUGGCCUAGUUCUGUUACCUCAGGGUGGGCAAGUCUGUCAAUGACAGAAAGAAGAACUCAGGCCACACCUCGCUAAAUAUGUUUGCAGUCCUGAGUAAAAAGUUACAACCCUAAAAAACUCUUUGCACAUAUAAUAUUAUUGCUUCCUCAAGUCCAAAAACUCAAGUUUGCCAUGCCCUAUUUUGAAGUGAUACUUGUACCGUAAAGCAGAGUGAAAUUGGUCCUGGGGGUAAAUUUGCCCCAACUCCCAAAAUCUUAUUUAGAUUGAACUAUGAUAAGUUUAGCCCACUAAGUUAUCUCUUUACAUCCCCCUUUGUACAGUGAUUCAGUUAAAAUAGAAGAUUUACCAUGUAUGCCAGUAUGGUUAUAAAAGCUGUAGGGGGGGAAAUUUACCCCACUUUGAGCCAAUGUCACCCCGCCUUACGGUAACGGAAAAUAUCAAAGCUUCAGAUCCCACGAAAAUGUUUAAAUGUUAAGGUUGGUGUGGCCUGGGCUGGGUUUGAAUAAUUGUGUUUUCUCAGUGUAAAUACCAGUUUUGGCACAGGCAGAGUGGGAAGUGGAGGGUCUGGCACUGAUGUCCUAUGCCACCUGCGCCCCCGAACUUCGGCACAAUAUCAAUACCAAUAUACAUCUAUAUAUAUACACAGUGGAAAUGUAUAUUAACAGUGGAGACCUCUCUAUUAAAGGACACUGCAUUUGGUCCUGAACUGGUCAUUUCCAUUGUUUUUGACCUCUGUAAUCAGGACAUCUCUAUUAAAUUAAUGACAGCUUGUCAGUUUCAAGGGUGUCCUCAAUAAAGAGGUUCUCCUGUAUACUUUAGCUACAAAGUUACUUUUUGAACCUGUACACCUGCUUCAUUCACUGCCAAACUAAAUAAUCAUUAAAAGUACUGGUAACCGUGGUAACAUGAUUAAUAUAAAAAAAUAUAUACCUAAGCUUGUUAUAGUAGUCAGUAUGAAUAAAACCUGUCACUGAUGGCCUCAAAAAGUUUCUAUAUGUCUUAAAAUUGGUUGUGGGAUGAUACCAAGAUAUUAUUUUGAACAUUUUUACGAAAUACAUAUUCAAGAAUCUCGAAGUUAAAGAUCAUGAAUAUUCUUCUUUCACUUUUUAACCAAGUUUGAGGCAAUUCAUGUCAGACCCUCCUCAUCAUAGCCGUGCCAUGAUAUAGGCCUAUUUAUUUCUGAACUUGUAAGGCAGCAUUUCAUGUAGUAUUUAUCCAAGAUCGUGACACUUCUUGUCCUAACUUAUCAUAAGAUUGCUUUUAUUUCAUCUUUUUCAUUUCAGAUGUGAAAAAAUCUGAUGAGAAAUCAUUAGAAUUUUGAGAAAAUUGGACACAAAACCAGCUGGUUGCAAUUCUAAGACACAAAACCAGCUGGUGGAAAUUCUAAGAAACGAAGUGAAGACAAUUAAUUAUUGAGAAUCAUCUUUGCAUUUUGUGCAUUGGUAUAAACUAAACUAAAGUGCGCCACAGAGAAGGGAUUUUCAUCGUUUUGGCUUGUGGCGUAACAGGACAACUGAUUGCAUUUAACCAAUUGUUGCCUGCUUUCCAAACACAAUCGUGAUGUUGUCAAUUAAAGCUGCAUUGUAGGACGCAGUGUGCUGCUCUCAAUACCUUUUCAGUCAAAAUAAGGCUUAUCUGGAAUGUAACCUGGGUUUAAUUUGGUGCUACUUAAGGUAUUCUGGUAGAAGCAUCCAGAGUUCUUAUCUCCAGAUCAUUUCUACUUACAAAAUCAUUCUUGGCGCUGAGAAGAUAUGAUCUGCUGGUACUACACUUUGUCUCAAUAAUUGGAAUGUUGAGAGCUGGACCCCUGCACAACGGCGCAAUUACACUGUUGCAUCAAUGCCAACACGGGCAGCCAUUUUGGUUCUGCCAUGCCACGAUUCUUGGAGUCAGUCACAGGUGCGUGAAGAUACUAAAGUCAUAGGGAUCGGUCUGCCAAGAAUUAAUUGAUGCACACAACUUUAAUGUUCAACGCAUAUUACUCUUUUAUGUCGGGUUUUCAUGUGUGUUUUUCUGUAGGUUUGUGGUGACCUAUCAAUCGCUAUAUAGAUCGGUUGAUUUUGAUGUCAUCAUGCGCCUGUGCCACUACCGUGACCACGGGAUGCUGUGUUAAUCUGUGUCGGCGGAAAGAAUAUUCUUCGAUCUGCGUGGAGAAUGGUUCCUCGUUCAUGAGAAUUUCUUAAUUAUGCGAGAAGUACCAAAAAGGUGGACUUUUAACUUCAUUAAAUUUUGGAAAUUGCCAGUUGUAUGUUUGUGUUCAAGUCUUCAUUUCGACUCACUUCUCCUGUGAUGUUCAAAACAUUGUGGAUAUUUUUAUCGUCAAAAUAUUUGUCCUGUCAGAAAUAAAACGAAUGAUUUAUGUUCA